GCACUUGUAUUUUUAGACGAUCGACCAGUUUGACGUGCUGUUGGUUAUCCUGUUUUUUACUUGAAGUCAGCAGGCGCUUUGGCUACUGAGAACAGAAGGACGUUCUUCGACCUGGCAGGUUGGGAUCUUGGUUUCCUUCGGUCUCGUCCAGUUGCGCUCUUGAUUUCUUUUUUAUCGCAUUUGCAUGCAUUUUGAGUUGUUCUUUGCUUGUUUGAGGAGCUAAAGUACUCAUCUUAUGCCCGGUGAGCGUGUGGUGGACGAGUUCGUCUUCGCCGUCCAUCGUGAAGUGAAAGGUUCGAUUGUUCUGUACGCCGGCCUCAACGGCACGCGCGAGAAUCCAUGAACCAUCUGUCACGCUUCAGCUUUCAAAAGCGUUGGCCUCCGAAGCAAGGUGGCAGCCGUUGUCCCUUCACGAAGCGUAUCUGCGCAUCCCAACAGAAACCCGUGUUACAGGAGUCUCGAAGAGGCUUCAGCGGCGUCGCUCUGGACUCAAGCACGUUACGGUUUGCGGCCGCUUGAAGAUCGUCGGCACCAACCGCAGCUUAUUUGCUGGCGAUUCUGCUGCUGGAACAUCAUGGACUCUCCACGAACGGCUCUGAAGCUGGCUCGUUUCUGCCCGUCACCCCCCGGUGAACAGCUUCAGACGGACAAGCGGAACAAGCUGACAUUCAACAACUUCUACAAGACAAAGCUGUGUCCCUGGUACAUCAAAGGUUCUUGUCACUGGGGUGCAAGCUGCAACUACGCGCACACGUUGUCGGAACAACGAGAAGCCGUGGACCUUACCAAGACGAAGCUGUGCCCGACUUGGCUGCGCCACAGUGUUUGCCGCAACCCAAAAUGUCGUUACGCUCACCACUACAGCGAGUUGCGCGCGACCACUGACGUCUUCAAAACGUCCCUUUGCUCCUUUUUCGUCAAAGGAAUCUCUUGUCCCAUGGAAAACAGGUGCCGUUUCGCUCAUGGAGUUCACGAGCUUCGUCUCCGCGCUAAAGAAGGGCAUCAAAACGGAUCUGCAUACCUCAACCAAAAAGCAGCACAAGCAAGAGCCGCCAUGGCUGCCGCGAGCGCUGCUGCCGCUGCUGCUCGUGCAGCUGCAAAAGCGAAGGCAGCGGCAGAAGCCAAGGCCGCUGCAGCUGCAGCCAUUGCUGGUCUCGCAGAAGCCUCAAACAGCGGUUGCCGAGCAGAAUCUCUUUCCUCGCCUCCGGUUGCUCAGGUCCUGGUUCCAGUGCGAGAAGGAGGCCAUGUGCCUCUCAGUUGCGCCGUCCUUACAAGCGGAUCUUCAGCACAGCCGACUGCAGACAACCAUUUGACGCAUCGCCAGCCUACAACAGGUGUCCUCACACUUGACAAGAAAAGUGGAACCUGGCGGCCGGAGAUGUCGGCACAUGCUCCGGAGUUUGUGUCGAGACUCUCUGUGACACCUUUGUAUCCCCUUUUGCUCAGCGCCAACGCAUCGGCUCCUUCGUUUGGAGGGACUGGGCUUGAAGGAACGAUCGAGCUUCUUCUUCAGUCCCUCCAGUGUCAGUCAGGAGACCUCUCUGGUAACAAUUCUCUGGGCAGCAUGACGAGGCCCAUCACACCUGGGAACCAAACUGCUUUUGUUUCUAGAGAAUCAGGACAAGGAAACUCUUUCAAUCCUCGGGCGACUCCGUUCAGCCCACGAGAAUGGUGCAGAAAACAUGGGAACGGAUAUCAAGUUUCAGGCGACUCACUGUUCCCUCCCGGUGUCGAACCGGCCUCCGACAAUCCUCUGAGCGCGCUUGAUUUUUCCAGUCUGCUCUCCACAGUUGCCAUGGCGAUAGCAGCGUCUCCCCCGGGUGACAUGAAAACGGAUAUGCCGAUGGAAGCUUUCUUGCCAGCUUCGGCCGGGGAAAUCGCUUCUACCCAUACGCUCUCAACUUCAUGGAACCCGACUGGUUCUCAGGUGCCUUGUUCUGCUCACCUCCCUCACGGACUCUUGAGGUCGGCGGAUGCGUCACUUUCUUCUGACGGUCAGACCACUGCAACAGGCGGAGAGGAGUCGUCCUUUCCUCUUGCAUCUAUGGUCUCAAGCCCAUCUGAGGGCACAGGGGAAAACGGGACCCAAUCGCGGACAGACAGUAACGCCGUGAACCUUAAAGUGUGCCUCCAGAUGCAGACCACGGAUGAGACCGAAGGACCUAGUCCCGCGGCGGAAAGGCUCGAUGCAGCAGGGACGUUGCUCCUUGCCACCGCAGACGGUAUUCCAGCAGAGGAGAGUUCCGGCAACAGCGCAUUAACGGCCCCAUCGAAGAUGGCAGGGUCGAUAUCUUCUCUAGAAUCUCUUCAUCCAGUGACUGGCUCCCGGCAAACAACCGCCGCAGGCAUAGACUAUGAGUGAACAGUUACCCUUGCUAGCCAGGAGCUGCGAUAGAAGGGAAAGAGAAAUGGACAGUAUUUCAUUUUUCGAAAAACGUCUGGAUCCAGGAUGCAAGGGCGUAGUCUCGAGGAUCCCUGCAGGGGAGGAGUCGUCCAAAGAAGGUUGGAACAGCGGUGGAAUUGCUCGCAAGGGCAUAGUUUCACGCCGUGUACACUUAGUGCCCACACGUUUCAUAGUGCACAGCUGUCGAUCGUCAUUAUCGCAAAUACAAGUAAACUGUCGCAUAUCCAUGUACAUAGUCGUUUAUAAAAGCUGACCAGGUGUUUUUUUGCUGGCGUUUCAUGACCUUUGUGAAGUAUCGAAAGGUAACUGGGACGUCGUGUUGUGUUCCAAAAUGUUGAUUGUACCCGACGUGGGCAUUGCUUUUAUCAGAACUAAAUACUAUUGCCUUCCACGCACCUUCAUCGAGAGUUGCCACAGACGGAAAGCUUCAUGAGCAAAACCCCAAUCGAAUCACAGCCACCUGAAAUCGGUGUUUUCUACGCUGCACUGUUGGCAGUUGGUCUUGCUUCCCGCGACUGACUCGAGCUUUGCACUGAGGUAUGGCUACACACGGAUACGCGGUGACAUAAACCAAAGCGAUUAGGAGCUAUUGCCUCUCAUCUGAACCACUAUGUAAUGCCAGGUGACUACCGACACGUGUAUCAAGCUGUUGUUCCCAUGAUGGUGCAGCAGGUAGCGUGUCGGAUAGGGGUGCUCGAAACGUCGUUUUUGGAACGCUGCGCCCGGCAUUAUGUGAAGACUACCAAAG